GGGGUUCUCCGGUGUGACGUAGGCUGCGUGCUUCUUGCGUCACUUCUGUCCCGCCUCUUCAGUGGUGCGCUUUGCGCAUGCGUGUUGUGAAGCUGCCGCGAGACGAAUUGUUUGUGUGAGAGACACUGUGAGGAGCGGUGCAGUCGGCACAACGGAAGCGCCAUUGAGGGACACUGGGGUGUGUUACCCCUACAAACCGACUCAGGGAACCCGAGGGCCCCAAACAGAUAAAGAAGCGGCGGAGGAGUCCCAGGAGGUGCCGCUACCGAUUCCUCGUCUCACAGUGACAAGAAAGUGACCAGAGCGGCGACACUCCGGCAGCUCCACUGAUACUACAGGCCCUAAUAUAUACACACACACACAUAUAUCUAUACAUUGUCCUGUGUGUGGGGCACAGCUGUCUCCUGUGGCCCCAGGGCCCCUUGGCAAGUCUCAUACCUGAUGAUCGGAUACUUCACUGGGCCCCUGAUACAGAAGAGCCCCUGAUACAGAAAGACCCAGGAUACUCCAUUGGGGCCCCUUAUUACUUCGCUGGGCCCCUGAUACAGAAGGGUUGAGGGGAGCAGUGGGCUUGAGCAGAACAACAUCCCAGUAAAGUGAUCCCAUCACCUCAGAACCAGAAAUAAGGACAUUGGACUUUAUGGGACAGUUAAAAGAUAAGGAGCAGGGGCCGCACUCACUAUACUGACCCUUCAGAGGCGGAACCGUCUGGAUCAGAGACAGACCUAUCAGCAGCCCCCGACAUCCCACAACUACUCUCCUGCCAGGGGCCAAAAUGGCAUCAGCAGCUGUGGAGCCAGUGAGCGGCACAAGCCCAGGAACAACCACUCUGACGAAACCUCUUCCAGCUGAGGUACCCGGCUCUUCUGCUCAGUCUGCUGCUCAAACCAUGAAAAAAAUUGGCCACAGAGGAGUUGACUCGACUGGUGAGACUACGUACAAAAAGACCACAUCAUCUGCUUUGAAAGGUGCAAUCCAACUUGGCAUCACUCACACAGUGGGCAGUCUAAGCACCAAGCCUGAGAGAGAUGUCCUCAUGCAGGACUUCUAUGUGGUGGAGAGUAUCUUUUUCCCAGGUGAGGGCAGCAAUCUAACACCUGCUCAUCAUUAUAAUGACUUCCGCUUCAAGACCUACGCCCCUGUUGCCUUCCGAUAUUUCAGGGAGCUUUUUGGCAUUCGGCCCGAUGACUAUCUGUAUUCUCUGUGCAACGAGCCCCUCAUUGAAUUGUCCAAUCCCGGUGCCAGUGGUUCUGUGUUCUAUGUCUCUGGAGAUGAUGAGUUCAUUAUAAAGACGGUCCAACACAAGGAGGCGGAGUUCCUGCAGAAGCUGCUGCCUGGUUACUACAUGAACCUGAAUCAGAACCCCAGAACUCUGCUGCCAAAGUUCUAUGGCUUGUACUGUGUCCAGGCCGGGGGCAAGAACAUUCGAAUAGUGGUGAUGAACAAUCUGCUGCCCCGCUCUGUCAGAAUGCACCUCAAGUACGACCUUAAGGGGUCCACGUACAAGCGCCGUGCUUCCGCCAAAGAACGGGAGAAGAGCUCCCCAACACACAAGGACCUGGACUUUUUGCAGGACUUGCCUGAUGGUCUCUACCUGGACCCCGAUAUGCACAACGCUCUUUGCAAGACAAUCCAGAGGGACUGUCUGGUGAGGUCCAAUGUAGAUUGGGGUACUUGUGUGCUGCAGAGCUUCAAGAUCAUGGAUUACAGUUUACUGGUGGGAGUCCACAACAUGGACUUUGCUCAGAAGGAAACAAUGGUGGUGGAUGCUCAGAGUGAUACCCGCCGCCCAGCUGCACAGAAAGCACUCUACUCAACUGCCAUGGAGUCUAUCCAGGGUGAGGCACGGCGAGGGGGAGCCAUCGAGACAGACGACCAAAUGGGUGGGAUUCCCGCUCGCAACGCCAAAGGAGAACGCCUGCUGCUCUACAUUGGCGUCAUUGAUGUGUUACAGUCUUACAGGUUCAUGAAGAAGCUGGAACACUCUUGGAAGGCCCUGGUGCAUGAUGGGGACACUGUGUCGGUUCACAGACCUGGAUUCUAUGCUGACCGAUUCCAGAAGUUCAUGUGCGUCUCUGUCUUCAAGAAGAUCCCAUUAAAAACAUCUCCUUCCAAGAAGAGCCGUACGAUGCCAGGUAUCUCCCGCAGGCCCACCCAGGCAGCAGUACCCACCCACUUGCAGCUGAUGGAGGAAACUAAGCAGUAUCUGUCACCUGAAGUUGAUUCAGAACAAGUGGGUCAGUUUGGACGCCCCGACCUUCUUCCUCGAACCCCUCUUGUGGAUGAAGCUGCCAGUGAUUCGUUGGCCACCACCUUAUCCACCUCCUCACUAGGCAGUGGAGGGCUGAACUCUCCGGCACACAGGUCUGUGGGGGUGGAAGUGCACAAAGCUGAAGUGACAGAGAUUGAGUUAAACACAGUGAGAACUGAAGUACUGGACGAAUCCAACCAAGAAGAUGGAGGAGGAGGAGAGGAAGAGGCUCUGGACAUCAGCCAGAUUGAGACGGAGAUCCACUUUUGAGCUGGGAUUCUCCACGGCUGCUUUCUUCACUGUGGAUCAGCAGGGCCACACGUAGAUUGCCAGCUCUGUUGGCAACAAAUUACCCAGGAGGCAACGUGGGUGACAUCACUGCGCUUGGACGAGACAAUCCUGUUCACUCAACCAAACUUGUCUGCAGCCGACCGGGCGUUCCCAUGCUGAUGUUACAAACAGACCAAUGGCUGCUCUCCAGAAGUGAUUAAACUCCUCCCAUUUGCCUUAUUCUGCAGUCCCUUCAUGAGAGGAGAUUCCUUUCCCCUCUUAGAUAUAUUUUUCUGACUCUGAUGCUGCAUUAAUGGACCAAAAGUUUUUUGUAGAAGCGUUUGCUGCCUAUUUCCGUUGGCGCUGUGACCUCACAUUCACUCUAAUGGACGUGUUGAUGGGGAUAUGCACCCCCCGUAUGGUCACCCCUUGAAUUACAUGGUGACUAUGGACAAUAUUAGUUUGACUGAAGUUGUUCUGUAUUGAAUGGAAGCCGAACCAAAUGUCUACCUGUGCCAAUACCCCUCCUCAAGGAGCAGCACGGACUGUGUGACACCCUGUGAUGCAGCUUCUUACCCCCCAGAUUUGCUGUAUUCAUUUGGGGGGGCAAUAAGGAUUCUCUAUUGUUUGGUGGAAUCCUUUAUGGAUAGUAACACCUAUUGUUAUUGUUACAGCUAUUGUUACACUACAGCCUUUAGAGAGCAGCAUCAGCAGGACGUUACCCCUCUUUUAUUUGCACCCUGAAUUUCAAUGGUGCUCCAGUGUUACAGCGGGAGAUCAGCAGAACAACAUGUUGAUGGGUGCGGAGGGAAAAUGGCCUUGUGAUGGGGGGGGGUCGCUGCUCUGCUGCUAAACUGCAAAUUAAAACGGAGGGCCGGAUUCCUUUCCCAAGUGCACUGGUGUGUGAGGGCGUCGGGAUAUUCGUAACGAGGAAUUUGCACCGAACACUAUUUAUAAAAGCACCGGCUGAUUUAUAUACGUUUAUUCCCAUUUUAUUGAGAGAUUUUCAUUUUUCCUUCACCUUGUCUUUUAAUAUUUAUGAAAGUUUUUAUUUAACAGUUUUAAUUGAGAAUCCAAGUUUUUUUUGUGCAGGAGCUGAGCUGCACCCCUGUAUGUACAUAAACCUGUAACCCACAUGCA